CCAAAUUCUUUGAGCAAGACAUGGAGGCUGCAAACGGGGAGAAGCUCGAUCUAGGGGAGGUGCCAUCUACACAUGCCUAGUUUUUUUCACGUGCGUCCCAGGUGGAGGCUGCCGGCAGAGCUUUCUCAUUGGUCCAGUUCAAGACGGUUAACUGCUGCAAAACCUCUGAAAAAACGGUUACAACUUACAAUACAAAGGGCCGAGAAGAGGAGGGACAAAGACAAUCCAACAGUAUCUGGAGGGCCUUUCAUUCGCCAAUAAGAGGCAGCCUCACCAACAGUGAGACAAACCGGAAAAAGUAGCAAGCUCUGGCAGUAGGCAACAGGGUUGAGGGAAAUUUCCGAAGUUUCACUUAGUUUUGGGGAAAUUUUGACAGAAUCAGUAUUUAAUAUCUGGAGAAAAGGAAACACUAAGGAAUUGAGCAAGCUCAAUUGCUUUUUCUCGAAUUCAAAUUGAAGAAAUUGUUGGUUUUGUUGAUUGGCAUCACUUGCUCUUCGUCGGAAGGCGGCUCUCUUUUUGAGAUCUCAUGUAAGAUUGAUUCAAAAUAACUAGGCCAGAGUGAAGCUUUUGAUAAAAAUGGAUCAGCAGGAGCAGAAGGUUGACAUGGAUUUUCUCAAGAAUAUGUCAGUUGAAAGCAAUGCUCCAGUGCUCAUGAUUAAUGAAGAAUAUGAGAAUUCCUCAAAGCGACCCAAAACAACAUCCAAGGUGUGGGAUUUUUUUGAGAAGCUUCCAGCACAUAGUGGGAAUUCAAAGGCUAUUUGUAAGAUAUGCAGGAGAGUAUAUACUGCUAAGACCACAAGUGGUACUUCUCACUUGAGACGUCAUGUAGAAGCAUGUCUAAAAAAGGGAAAUCAUGAUGCAGAUCAACUUAAAAUAGGAGCAUGCUUUAAACGUGCUAACAAUGAUGUAGAUCAUCACACAAUUUCUCAUGCCACAUUGACUGAAGUAACGACAUCCAUAAAGAGCAGUGAAUUAGAUGUGGAUGAGGUUCACAGAGCAAUUGCAAUGAUGAUUGUUGUUGAUGGACAACCGUUCAAAAUGGUGGAAGAUACAGGUUUUAGGCAUUUAAUGGCCAUUGCAUAUCCUGAAUGUCAAACGGUGAGUAGACAGAAUAUUAAAAAGGAUAUAAUUUCCAUCUACUUGAAGGAGAAGGAGAACAUUCGUGAAUUGCUAGCAACAUGUCCUGGUCGAAUUUGUUUGGCAUGCAGCACUUGGAAAUCCAACACCGAUGAUCAUUAUAAUUGUGUCACCGCACACUUCAUUGACCAUGAAUGGAGGUUGCAGAAGAGGGUUUUAAGAUUCAAACUUAUAGCGCCUCCUUAUGAUGGUUUAUCCAUUGGAGAUGAGAUAGCAUUGUGUAUGGUUCAAUGGAACAUUGAACACAAGGUUUUCAGUAUUACACUAGAUAACUUAUCAAGUGAUCAUUGUGUUGUUGCAAUGCUUAAAUCACGUCUAGAUACCAAAAAGUACCUUCCUUGUAAGGGUGCAUUCUUUCAUGUUGGCUGUUUUGCUCACCUUUUGAAUUUGUUUGUGGAAGCUGGCUUCAGUCUUAUCACUGAUGUAAUUGGAAAACUGCGCCUUGGAAUCAAGUAUGUGAAGCAAUCCCCCCACAGGAAGAGGAACUUUUAUAUUGUUGCCAAGAGUUUGAAUUUGGAUACACAGAAAAAGUUGUGUCUUGAUUCUCCCACUCAGUGGAAUUUCACCUAUGACAUGCUAGAAGUUGCUUUGAGUUACAAGAAUGCAUUUCUGUACUUAGGGGAACAGGACAUAAACUUUAAGCAUAAAUUGUUGGAAGAUGAAUGGGAAAAAGUGAGUCUUUUAUGUAAAUUUCUAAAAGUCUUUUCUGAGGUGACACGGAUACUUUCUGGAACCAGAUACCCUACUUCAAAUUUAUAUUUCAAGUGGGUAUGGAAGGUUUAUAGUCGUUUAUUAGAUAUGGUGAGAGGCCCUGAGAAUUUCUUGACUAGCAUGGUUAAGGAAACGCAAUCAAAAUUUAGGCAGUACUGGUCAGACUAUAGCCUGAUCUUGUCUUGUGCCGCUGUCCUGGAUCCACGUUAUAAGGUUAAGUUUGUUGAGUACUGUUAUACCAAACUAUAUGGCAAUGAUGCUCAGCAAUAUGUUGGCACUGUUAUCAGUACUUUGUAUUGCCUGUUUGAUGAAUACAUCCAAAAUUCUUCCCUUUCUAGUGGUGCUGGUUUAUCUGUUGUUGCCACUAAUAUCUCUAAUGAUAGAGAAGACAUUGAUGGGUUUGAAGAUUAUGAAACAUUUCAAAGUGCCAGAUUUAGGACACAAGUGGAGAAGUCUCAGCUGGAUCUUUAUUUAGAAGAACCUAGCCAUGAUCUAAACAGUGAAAUAGAUAUCUUAGAGUUUUGGAGUCUAUGCUCUGUGAGAUAUCCAGCUCUUUCAAGAAUGGCACGUGAUGUUUUGACCAUUCCAGUGUCCACAAUUUCUUCAGAGAAUGCAUUUGUCAUGGGUUCCCAAGUGAUAAGCCCUUAUUGCAGUUCAUUGAAAUCAAAAACAAUACAAGCCUUGAUUUGUCUGCAAGAUUGGAUGCGAGCUUAUGAUAGAACCAGAAGUUCAGGCCAGCUAGAAAGCAAAAAUGAAGAUGACAGCUCCAGUUCUAGCAAUGAUGACAAUGAUUAUUAGCUUUUGUUGACAAUUAUGUGGAUUUAUCGUGUGUUUGUGGUUGUCUGCUUAGCAAGGUGUGCAACUUAAGCUUCACCUGGCUAGAUUUGUAUUGAUCAAUUGUAGUUCAAUCAUGGUGUAGAUUUGGGUGCCGAAGCAAAACUCGCGUUUUAUGGGCUCACUCUCAACAUUGCUGCAACAGAAAGAUCCCAUCAAUGGGCGUUCUAUGGAGAAUGAAGUCUGCUUCUACAAAGCCAUUGAUAAAAGUAUUGAUAGAAAUGGUGAAGAGGCUACACACUGCGGUUCUUCUUCUGACUAUGCGAAGAUAUCUGAUUUUUUUGAAACAUUUCCACGCAUGUGGAUGGGCACCCCGGCUGAUGAAUUAGAACGGAACUGCUAGG